UCGGAGGCUCUCCGUGUUACCGCUCAUACCUCUUCCUGUAGACUUUUGGUGGUGGUGGGCGUUGCUAAGAUGUCGGCGGCCGCGGAGCUACAGCAUCUGCAGACGCGCCUGGAGGCCUUGGAAGAACGCGUCUUCGGGGCGCCGGGAGGACCCGCGGAUGCCAGGAAGAUAGCAGAUGGUUUGGUCAAAGUGCAGGUGGCUUUGGGAAACAUCGCAAGCAAAAGAGAGAGGGUAAAAAUCCUUUACAAAAAAAUUGAAGAUGUCAUGAAAUAUUUGGAUCCUCAGUACAUCGAUCGUAUGGCUGUUCCAGAUGCCAUGAGGUUGCAGUUCAUCUUGGCAGAAGAGCAAUCCAUCCUGGCUCAAGCCGCACUUCUGGAGCAGGUGGACAGCCUGAAGCCUUACCUGGACAGUGCACAUAUCAAAGCUGCUCCUGACCACAUUGCCAGACUCCAGCGACUUUCUCAGAUCCACAUUCAGCAACAGGACCAGUGUGGAGCUGUGACUGAGGAUAUCCGGUUACUCCUGGAAGAUUACAACAGAAUGACACUGCUCCUGUCAAAACAGUUUGUCCAAUGGGAUGAAAUGCUAACCCAGCUGGAAGCAGCUAAACAAGUGAAGCCUGUGCCAGAGUGAAGGCUAUACGCGUCAGAGUCGUCUGUGGUUGCUUGGCACCCUCAUGCAACGCUUUUCUUUUUGUGAGCUAGAGAAGAGAGCCCAGAGAGCCCUACUCUGAACUGCCCACUUCAUUCUACUGUGGCUCCUUGCACUUAUAUACUUGUGGGCCCUGGCUGAACAGGUGGAAACCCCUGGCUGGCUGUGAGACAAAGCAUCUUGUCUCACUAGUCGUUCUUGACCUUAAAGGGAGUUGAAAUGAUUAUCUGCUCACCUUUCUCUCUUGUAACUUAUUUUGUUUCUUCUUUUGACAAGCAGUGCACGAUUGCUUGGUUUUGCUGCCAUUCAUUGUGGACCACAAUAAAAUCUUGUCUACCCCUGA